AUGUCAUCUAGUGGUGAUGGUGUUUGGGACGAUGGCAUGAUCUUUAGGUACUACAAUGCGGUUACGAAACUUGGAGGGAAUAAGAAUCUUAUUAAGGAGAUAGCCAUCGAGCUUGGUGUGCCAGAGAGUGAGGUGCAGCGAGAGGCACAGAAGUUGAACAGCAUCGGGAAGAGCAAGAAGGGAAAGGGUUUGAUAGAUGAAGAGACAAGAGACGGAUUCAACAUACCAGCGUACAUGAGAAGUCCGGAGGAAGUGGCUGCCGGAAUAGACCGUAUCGGUGGUUUCAAGAUAGAGAAAAUGGAAUACAUGAAAAUCGUUGAAUACUCCGAUGAGAAACAUGAGGAGUGGAAAAAAGAUCCCGUUUCGUACGGACGAGCCAGGACCAACUUGGUUCAAGCUGCUAUUCGUCCUAUGGUCGAGGUCUAUCUUGGAGUGGACCUAUGCGAUGAGCUCUUCAAAAGAUAUGAAAACCGGGUUUCUACAACCCGAGAAUUUCUUCAUAUAACUUGUUUCUUUGGAGUCGUCGCUUUUUCUGCCAUCCGAAUUGAAUGA